AUGGGGCCAGGAGAGGAGAAGACGAGGGAGGAGACGAGGGAGAAGAGACGCAAGCUGCACGAAGCUGCGACACCCAGGCCCGCCCCCCGUCUCAUCCCAGCUGAUAUGCAGUACGGCCUCGCCUUGAUGCUGACCGUGCUCGUCACCGCCGUCCCGGCCUGCAAGGAAAUCGGGCAGGAGUGCCUGGGGGACUCGGAGUGCUGUCUAGCUGGCCUCCGCCCGAUCCAAUGCGACAGACUUACCAGAAGGUGCGGGUUUUAUAUCCGUCAAUGCAGAAGGGAGGGCAUGUCGUGCUUUCUCAACGCGAAAUCUCCAUGGGGGAGGUGUUGCGGCGGCUUUAGCUGCAGCCCGCGCAGCUACAAGUGCAUCUUCACGGGGCCGAAUUUCAAGAGGAGCGCGGAACCCGAUGCCACGGCGGGCUCGGCACGUGGGGAAGAAGAAGAAGAAGAAGAAGAAGAAGAAGAAGAAGAAGAAGAAGAAGCGGACUAG